CAGUCAUUAAGGAAUUGUCUCUUAAAUUGGUCUAGAGAAACACCCAGAAAAAGAAAAGAAAGCCAUUUUUAAAUUUGUGCACCAUUUCCAGAAAAAGAAAAUGUCUCUAAUUCCAUCUCUUCAUGGCAACAGGAGCAUCUUCGAUCCAUUCUCUUUUGAAAUCUGGACGCCUUUUACCUCCAACAACGAGGUAGCAACAUUUGUGAAUGCCCAAGUUGAUUGGAAGGAGACCCCAGAGGCGCAUGUGUUCAAGGCCGACCUUCCUGGCCUGAAAAAGGAGGAGGUCAAGGUUGAGGUUGAGGAUGGAAGGGUUCUCCAGAUUAGCGGAGAGAGGAGCGUGGAGAAGGAGGACAAGAACGACAGGUGGCACCGUGUAGAAAGGGGCCGUGGGAAGUUCCUCCGGAGGUUUAGGCUGCCGGAAAAUGCAAAGCCUGAUGAAGUGAAAGCAUCGAUGGAGAAUGGAGUGCUAACUGUCACGGUUCCAAAGGUGGAGAAGAAGGCUGAAGUCAAGUCCGUUGAAAUCAGCGGUUAAAGCACUUAUCUACCUAUGUUUGCUACGAUAGUUAAAAAAUAAUCUGGUUAUUAUGUGCUUCAAUAACCUGUUGUGAGUUUUGUACCUGUUGCUUUUUUUUUUUUUCUCUAUGUCGAAUUUGCUUGUUUUAAAUAAAAAGAUCUAAGCUUU